AUGUUCAAUGUAAAAUACAACACUAACAAAAUCAAAAGUAUAACAAAUCAAGAAAUGAGUCCCAAUCAUGACAUCAAACUAGAGGUAUGUGUGGACUCUAUUGCAUCCGCAAUUGCUGCCAUGGAAGGUGGAGCAACGCGUAUUGAACUUUGCUCAGCCCUUAGUGAAGGUGGCCUAACUCCAUCAGUGGGAGUUUUAAAAACACUAAAAAGUCUUCCCCUAACAAUACCGAUUUUUUGCAUGCUGAGGCCACGUCGUGGUAAUGAUUUCAUAUAUACAGACUAUGAAAUGUCGGCAUUACUACAUGAUAUGGAACUAUUACAAGAAAAUGGUGCCGAUGGUUUUGUAUUCGGAUCGCUGACAGCAUCACGAGAAGUUAACAUCGAACAAUGUCAACAGGUAUUGGAGAAGGCUAAAAGUCUACCAAUGACAUUCCAUCGGGCGUUUGAUAUUACAGAUCCGGCGAAAAUGCACGAAACCACAAAGACAAUUAUCGAGCUGGGAUUUCAACGGAUAUUAAGUAGUGGUUUUCGUCAAAAUGCCAUCGAAGGUGUUGAUAAUCUAGCCCAGUUGAUAGCACGGCAUCAUAGAGAUAUAAUUAUAAUGCCCGGUGCUGGUAUAAAUAUAACGAAUUUGGAAGAAAUCUUAACGGCAACCAAGUGCAGCGAAUUUCAUGGUUCCGCAAAAGUAUCAGCAUGUGUGGAUGUAUCCGAUACAACAGAUGGUAAUUCCACGAACAAAAUGGAAUGUGAUGUCAGUAUGGGCAAACAAGACACUCUGCCCUAUGAUAUUUGUGAUAAAAAUACUGUACGAAAAAUGAUUGCCAUUGCUAAGGCGAUGGCAGAGAAAUAAAGACAA